AUGCAUUAUAUCCGGUGUUUGUAUUGUGGAUCUGAUCCCACGCAACGACAACACAUGAAGAUAUACGAAGUUUGUGUCAAAAAGUGCGACAAAAAGAUGUCAAACAGUGUUGUCGUUAAUUACAAACUCUUGCGUCAAUUGAGGCCAGAGUUUAUCAAACGCGUCAAAACUGUGAGUGUCUUCGGCCGCUACGGAACCGAUGUAGUGAUAGUGACCAAAGAGGACGAGGUGUACACUUUUGGGGAGAACAGGAACGGGUGUUUGGGCGUCGGCCACAACCGACCCGUAGCCGAGCCAACUCUGGUCAGGGAGUUGUGUCACAAACAAGUGGUCCGAUUCGCGUUCGGCUACCGACACGUUCUGGUGCUGACCAAAACCGGUCAACUGUUCAGCUAUGGGUACAACGAGUUCGGACAACUGGCCAACCGGACAACGAUUGACUGUUAUGUACCCAAAGUCAUACUCAUCGCCGAACUGAUGCGACACUUCAUCGACGAUAUCAGUUGCGGUGCCUUUCAUUCGCUGGCACUCACGAGGACUGGUCUCGUCUACGCCUGGGGCUUCAACUUCUGGGGCCAAUUGGGGAACGGAAACAAUUGCAAUCAAUUGAUACCAUUGCAAGUGCGGGCCAUCAACCGGGAAGUGGUUGUGGCCAUCGCUUGCGGACACCACCAGUCGGUUGUGCUCACAAAGAGCGGUCAGGUGUAUGCCUGGGGUCACAACGCGUUCGGCCAAUUGGGCAUCGCGUGCACCGAUCGGUUCCGCAACAUUCCGGCCAAAGUGCGAGUGACGAGCGAAGACCUGAUGGUUACCAAAAUCAGUUGCGGUCAAAAUCAUUGCCUACUACUGACAUCGGGCGGACACAUGUACUCAUUCGGGUGCAACUAUUUCGGGCAAAUCGGUAACGAUAGCAAACAGGAUCAGUUCGCGCCGACCCGUAUCGGUCCGCCCGGCGCCAAGUUUACGGACAUCGCGUGCUCUCUGUUCAGCAACACGUCGGCCGCUCGCGGGGCUAACAAACGGGCCUACAUUUGGGGCAAAUGUGUCGACGAGAGGCUUUGGGUGCCCCGCGAGACACCCGUCAAGACACUUGAGGAGGUGUUUGCCCGAUAUAAUUAUGUCACGUUUGAACCCCUCGUCCUCAACCGUAAGAAGACUUUUCCCGAGAAACAAAAGUACCCCAAAACCAACCAAUUCUUGGUGGAAACCAACACAAGUAGUUAUGAAGAAGAGUACCCAGAAUACAGUGAUUACGACAGACAUAACUAUAGAUAUGAUAACCCGUACGGACACAAUGGACACAACGGGCACAAUGAAGACACUGGACACUACAGACAACUUGUGAUGAACUUCAAAACUCCUGGCAUUAAUAAGCUAUACGCCGAUCUCCUGAACCCAAAACUGUCGGUCAAACAGGUGAACGCCCGACUGCCGGCACCGGUGGCCUCAAGGCAUAAAGUGAGCACCCGAUCGGGUGGUGUUUGUACAACAGUCAGGUGUAACGAGUGUCUCGAUUCGUGUAAAUUUCUCAAGACAUCCAAGUAUUCAGACCUCGAUAUCACACAAUACACGUAUUUGAGACUUUGCUCCGAGGGUUGUAAAGACAAUCUGCCAUGUUUGCAAAAAUCUGAGUGUUUGCCUGUAAUGAAGGAAAAUCCCGAUUUUUUCAUCACUUGCGCCAAUAAAUGCAAUCUCUUCCAGAUAAUACCGCAAAUAUUCAAGACUGUUGAUUGUCCAGCACAUUAAUUUUUCUAUUUGAACAACUGUU